GUAUCGCUGUCCUGGAAAUGUUAGUGGCAUCUACUAUAUCACGCACACUAUAUAGCUUUCUUAAAGCAAUGGGGAUUAACAUGCCGCCUACUGAACAGGGUAGAAAAAAAUUUUAAAAGAGACUUCGUCACCAACGAAAUAUACUUUGAAAGAGUUGUGCGAGGACAGAAAUCGAUGCCAUAAAGGAACAAUAGAUAAGCCUCCAUGUUUUGCAAAUAUAACCGUCUCAAGGUCAUACACAGCGUGGCGGACAAAAAACUUAUGGGACAUCCUUACAAAUACUUAGACAAGAAUAAUUCAUUUUUAUUAUUGUUUUGCUUAUUUAUUUGCUUUUUUCUUCUUUACAUUUAUUUGCACUAAUCUGCAUUUAUAACAGCACUUGACACUUGAGCCGCAUUAUCAUUAUAUAUUAGCUCUACCGGAAAGUUCUGCCUGUUUCCAGAAUAAAACGGCAGCCUGUUCCAAAACGGUGAGCUGAUCCAAGCUUUUUCGUAAUCUCCGAUGUGGUCAAAAUCGAUUUUGGUCUAACAUGAUCUUAACAGUACCGUCGUCGAUCACAGGUCUCUGCCCAAAACGUGGCUUAUCAAAGAGAGCUAAAUCACUUGUUUCAAAUUUUUUGAAUCAUCUUCUGCAUACCCUAUCAGAAACUGUACUUUCACCAAAUACUUUCAAUAAAUUUCUACCUGCUUUUGUAGCCUUUCUUCCUUGUUGAAAUUCGUACGAAAUGUAGUGGUGUGACUGAACUUUUUGAGUAGCCCUGCGUACACGAUCCCAUCUCACUUUUAAUACUAACACGAAUCAUCUUCGUUUUAGUUAAUUUCCCGCCUCAGUGUGUACAUAUUAAACGAUAAAAAUGAAGAGUCGAACGUGCGCCAAAUAAAGAUGUGCUUACGUGUCGAAAAUUGUUAUCAUAGAAACGGACAGAACCUUCCGGUAGAUCGUACACUUCGACAGACGAUAUAGUACGACUUGCUUGUGAAAAAAUUCGGUUAAUUCCAUGCAGUAAUUUUUAAUUAGUGCCCUUUCAUAUGUGGAAAGUGAAAUGCAUCGCUUUAGGCACAUUUUCCUUUUUUAUAUCAAAAAAAAUUAAUAAUGCUGUUCAAGCAAGAAAGAAAUUGUCCGAUGUGUAUGACGAAUUUUGAAAUUUUUGACAUUGAAGACGCACCACGUUUCCGAAGGCCAGUUCAAGCUGUUGAAAAAACAUAUUAAAGGCAUUAUUUGAUGCAAACUGGCCCAUGGCUGGAUGAUUAAAUUUAUCGAAAUCGAUAGUCUAUGAUAAAAUAUUUACGUACUAUAAGAAAACCGUCUUUCAUUUUCAUAAAAAACAAGAAACAAAUUACCUUCCGAACAAUCUAAUAUAUUGCUAUUAACACACGUAGGAUAUUUCCAAUACAACACUGUGCUAAAAAACUUCAUUGAUAAUUCAAUUUUCUCCAAAAAAAAAAAAAGACUGCACAGUUGGUCGAGACGAGUGCAUGACUUGUGUGGAUUAGUAGUACGGAAUAUUGGGUAGAAAUAUGUCCAAUUCAGCAAUAACUACAGGGACGACGGUUAAUAACACGUCAAGCCUAAUUUUUAUGCAUGGUCUCGGAGAUUCGGGACACGGUUGGUGUGAGAUGCUUGGACGUGUAAAACUACCAGAUAUGAAAAUUAUUUGCCCUAAUGCACCUAUUCAACCGGUUACAUUAAAUAAUGGUUUCCGCAUGCCGUCCUGGUUCGACAUAAAACAACUGGAUAUGUCUGGAACAGAGAACGAGGAAAGCCUCCUAGCAGCAACGAGUACUAUACACGAGUUAGUUGAUAACGAGAUCGGUAAAGGUGUACCAUCAACACGUAUUGUGUUGGGUGGUUUCUCACAAGGCGGUGCAUUGGCUUUAUAUGCAGCUUUAACUUAUACAAAGCCAUUGGCUGGUAUAAUAGGUUUGUCCACAUGGUUGCCGGUACAUCAGAAAUUCCCGAAUGCGAAACGCAAUAGCAACACAAUACCGAUUUUCCAAGCCCAUGGCGAUAUUGAUCCAGUGGUCCGUUAUAAUUAUGGUCAGCUAACAGCCAAAAUCCUAGAAUCGUUUAUGGAAAAUGUCACUUUCCACACCUAUCAUGGACUUAUGCAUUCUGGUUCCGAUCAAGAAAUGAAUGACGUCAAAGCGUUCCUCCAAAAAUGCCUAAGAUAAUAAUUAAUUUAAUUGUAUUUCUAUAAAGUCAAGUAAAUAAAUAGAGAAUUAC